AUGAUGUUCCCCAGCCUGAUCGCUCCCCCCGCGGGGUACCCCAGCCUCCUGCGGCCCACGCCCACCCUCACCUUGCCCCAGUCGCUGCAGUCCGCUUUCUCCGGCCACUCCAGCUUCUUGGUGGAAGACCUCAUCCGGAUCAGCCGGCCGGCCGCUUACCUGCCCCGGAGCGGGGGGCCCGCUCCCAGCAUGUCUCCUCCCGUCUCCGGGGCCGGGGAGGCUGACGCGGGGACCCCCGAGGGGGUCGCUUCCGCCCCUUCUGGGACUAGACGGGGUGGCUCCUCGCAGACCUCCGCCUCUUCCAGCAACGACGCCGCUUUCCUGAAGUUCGGGGUCAACGCCAUCCUGUCGUCCACGCCCAGGACAGAGACUCCCCACGCGUUGAUCCAGAACGUCCCUCCCAAGACCUUCUCUUUCCCCUACUUCGAAGGAACCUUCCAACCUUUUCUCCGAUCUUCUUAUUUCCCAGCCUCUUCUGUGGUACCCAUCCCUGGCACAUUUUCUUGGCCUCUGGCUGCCCGAGGGAAGCCACGCAGAGGAAUGCUCCGUAGGGCAGUCUUCUCAGAUGUGCAGCGCAAAGCCCUGGAGAAAAUGUUUCAGAAACAGAAAUACAUCAGCAAACCGGACAGAAAGAAGCUGGCAGCCAAGCUGGGCUUGAAAGACUCUCAGGUGAAGAUCUGGUUCCAAAACAGAAGAAUGAAGUGGAGGAACUCCAAAGAAAGAGAGCUCCUGUCCUCUGGUGGCUGCCGGGAACAAACCUUACCCACCAAGUUCAAUCCUCAUCCAGAUCUCAGCGACGUAGGCAAGAAAGGUUCUGGGGAGGAGGAAGAGGAAACAGCAUCCCACCUUUGCCCAGCCAGCCCCAGGCAUACCUUAACCUAUCAUCACCAGCCCACAGAUCACUCACACCUGAGAGAGAGGCUGGAUUCCCAGAUGCUUCCCUCUCCGACCCAUUCCUGCAGCCCCAGCAAACCCUCAGACUUCUCAGACUCAGAAGAAGAGGAGGAGGAGGAGGGAGAGGAGGAGGAGGAGGAAGAGAUCACUGUCUCAUAGAGACUUCUCUU